CCGCAUGCAAAUGAGUCAUCCUGAAAACCCCAUUGAUGAAGCAGGCCUCAACUCCUGAUAGAUGAGCCGAGCCGCCAUUCAGAAACCCGCAAGAAGAAUACUCAUUUCCAAAUCAUCGUAAGAAAGCAGAGUAGCGUGACAAGCCAAACUCCACGAUGCAAGUAGCCAUCGCGGGUGUCGGUGCUCUCGGGCACCAUAUUCUGCGCGGAAUUCUCGCAACAGGGAAACAUUCUGUGACCGUCUUGACAAGAGGAGAGCCCCGCUCUAAUGACCCGCGCAUCACAUGGCGUAAAGUCGACUACAGUGACAAGUCCUCACUGACGGAGGCGCUCCGCGGUAUCGAUACAUGUAUAUCAACCGCAGCAAGCUUCGACGACAAAUCAUUCGCGGAGGGCCAGAUUAGAUUAGUCGACGCAUGCAUUGCAGCAGGCAUUCGCCGGUUCGUGCCUUCAGAGUUCGAACUCGAUCCACACACCCGCAAAGACCGCUACCCUUAUUUGGCUGCGAAGCGGAAAGUAUUAUCCCACCUUGCCUCGCCAGCGGUUCGGGAGAAGAUCCAGUGCACGCUAUUCACGCCGGGGAUCUUCUAUGAUUAUUACUCGCCGAUGACUGAGGAUGGGAAGAGGCAUAUGAGCAGUGAAUCGCUCGUGCCGAUUGGGUUUGAUAUGGUGGUUGAUCUGAAGAAUUGUCGCGCGCAACUUGUGGAUGGGAUGGAGGAGAAGAGGAUGCGGUUUACCGAGGUUGAUGAUGUUGGGAAGUUCGUGGCGAAGGCUUUGGAGCUGGAGGAGUGGCCAGAUCAGUUUAUGAUGUCCGGGGAGAAUCUUACUUGCAAGGAGCUUAUUGGGAUUUGUGAGAAGGUCAGAGGAAAACCAUUCGAAAUCGAGCGCAUAUCAAUCGCAGAUAUGGAAAGCAGAAUAAAGGAGGCAGAGAAAGCGAAUGAUAUGAUGGGAACAUUCAUUUGGACCACACCCGUUUGUAUCCUCGAGGGAGACUUUUGGUGGGACGACAAAACUACGCAGGGGGUAGAUAUCAAGACCGUUUUUCCAGAUGAGAAAAUUGAAUCUCUGGAAGGAUUUUUGUCAAAAUGGUGGUGAUUUGAUUCGUAUUGCAUUGUCGCCCGACCAGCGUCGAGUCGUAUUGUUCAAUGAUCCUUCGCGUCGAGGAACAGUAGUCCUCCAGACAGCUAGCUAGCUGGUUUAAGUUUGAGCCGCUCAAUAUGUCGAUCGAAUUUGUUUAGCAAAAGUAGUAAAUAAAUAAAGGAUGUCCA